AUGGCGGGUGUUGAUCUAAGCAGCCUAUUCAACUCCAGCCAGUGGAGCGACCUGAUAAUCGAGGCGUCCGGGAAGGUCUUUCACGGACACAAGUGUGUGGUGUUUAGCCAGUGCAAGGAAUUGCAAGAGAUGCCUCUGGUAAAUGGACGUCUCGUCCUCACCGGAGCAAACACUAUCAAGGCGAUCCUCAAGUACUUGUACACAGGUGUUUACACGCCCUUCAACGUUCCCUGCCGCAACAACAAACCAGAGAGAUCUCAGGCAAACGAGGAAGGCACAGUCGAUGAGCUCGACUACAGUGAUCAUGACAUGUUCCUGACCGUCUGCGUGUUGGUCCGAGCAAGGACGUACAACAUGGCCAAACUCUACGGACAAGCCAAGUUCGCACUUCUAACCAUUGCGCCUAAUCACACCAACCACGCAGACUUUCUCGACACCGUCCACUACUUACUGAACAAUAUCCAGAAUGAGGAGGGACUUCAGAUUGCUCUGCAAAUGAUCAUGCCGCAAUAUGAAACGGACGCUGGUCUGCGUAGCAGACUUAAGGGUCUCCUGCUCAACCACCCCCACCUUGCUUGCGCCCUCCUUGAGCAUACGGCUGAGGAACUACAUUUGAUCAAAAGGGAGAAGAGCUUGACUCACUUUGUGAGCAAGAUCGAACUCGGCGAAGAUUUCAGAGUAGACUCACCGCAGAGCACACCUCCGCGAAUUGUGCGCGUGACUUCCGCGAAGCGAAAGGGCGACGAUGGCGAGAUGCCUGAGAUCAAGCGUCUCAGAGAGAGCAUCGAGAAGUAG